CAUUUAAAUCGCUACUAUCGAGGGGGGAAGGGGUUGAAGAGUACCUAAAUGUCAAAAUGGAUUUGAAUCUGGAUCUUCAGAACACCGCAAGCGUAGAGUGAUGCGCCGCGAGUGACGCCGCUGUGGGCGUUCCAUUUGGAGCCCCACAUUUGUAGUAAAUACCUACCCCUCUUCAACUCAAUCACCAUGGAGCUUCAGAGGGGUUUCUCUGUUUACAAUUGAACCAUAUAUCGCAAAUAAGGACGUCUGUCUACCAUGUCAAACAGAAUGGCCUGCAUCUUCUGUAAGAUCAUCAAGGGAGACAUUCCCUGCUUCAAGCUCUUUGAGAGCGACAAGACUCUCGCCUUCCUCGACAUCAACCCUCUGAGCCGUGGCCAUGCGUUGAUCAUUCCCAAGUUCCACGGCGAGAAGCUAGUCGACAUCCCGGACGAUCAACUGAGCGAGAUUCUGCCCCUGGCGAAGAAGCUGGUGCGGGCCACCGGCGCCACGGAAUACAACAUCCUUCAGAACAACGGGACUACGGCCCACCAGGUCGUUCCACAUGUUCAUUUCCACAUGAUCCCGAAGCCGAACACCGAGGAAGGGUUGGGAAUUGGCUGGCCUCAACAGGAGACCGACAUGGACAAGCUAAAGGCGCUCUUUGAGGAGAUCAAGGCGAAGAUGUGAUCCCAUUGGCAGAUAGUUCGGAAGGACGAGCAGAGGAAUCAGCGCUCCUAUUUCUCUCCUCGGGAACGCCUAUAACUGUACUCAGUGGGAAAGGGACCGCCGAUUGAGCGCCUUUGUCGGGGUUCUAUGCGAUAUAAAAACUAAUGAUACAGGUGAUUGCAGGCG